AUGCGCGCUCUUGUGGUCUUGUCUCUGCUGCUGUGUGUUGUCGUGUGUUUGGGAAGUGCAAGAGCUGAGGUCAAGGCGGUGAAAUUGUGUGGCCGAGAGUUCCUGAGAGCUGUCGUGUACACCUGCGGAGGAUCUCGCUGGAGGAGGUUCCUCAUUGAGUCAGAAAUGGAUGGUGUGUCCACAGGAGAGGAGAAUAGUUUGGAAAGCAUCAAAAACCGGCCAAUGUCAGAUCUGAGUAGACGGGACAUAAACAAUGUCUUGACUACAGUGUGCUGCCAGGUUGGCUGCAGGAAGAGUGACCUCACCUUCCUCUGCUGA